AUCAUUCUGCCGCUAGAACAGCGCCAAUGGCCACAGGAACCCUCCCCAUCAUCCGACCCCUCCUCGCCUUCCCCAAAUCCGACCUCCUGGCUACCUGCGCCACUCACAAAAUUCCGUUCGUCUCCGACCCGACGAACUUCGAUCCCACGCUGACACCCCGGAAUGCCAUACGGAGUCUGUUGGCACAACAGAAGUUGCCGCGGGCGCUGCGCGAGGGGUCGGUGUUGGGGUUGAUGGGGGCGAGUCGUCGACUCAUCAGGACGGCUGAGCGGGAGUCGGAGACGUUAUUGCGGUUGUGUGAGGUUGGGGGGUUCGUGCCCGAGACGGGGGUCGUGGGGGUUAGGUUUCCUUCUCUUGCAUCUUGCGGUGAUUCUGUUGGUAAGGGUGAGGGUGAGGGUGAGGGUGAGGGCCAGGGGGAUGCUGCUGUUGAGCGAAGUGUACAAACCCAAAUACAAGCCCUCGCCCUCCGCCGCAUCACGGAGCUCGUCUCCCCGUUCCCGGAUAAUCACUUCCCGCUGCGCGCGUUCGAGCCGUUUGUGGCGAGGGUGUUUCGGGGCAAGCAGGCGCAGGAGCAGGAGCAGUCGUUCACGCUAGGCGGCGUGCUGUUCCAGCCCCUGUCGUUGGCCCCGAAGAAGAAGGGCGAGGAGAGUUUGUUUCUGAGAGCUGCUGCAGCUCACGCCCACGGGUCUGAUACCCCCAAGAACAGCAGCAGCAAUAACCAGAAAACAUGGCUCCUCUCCCGCCAACCGUACAUGAAGAACAGGCUCCCGGUCCUGGAUUUCCACCUCUGCACGGAGGGAUCUGUCACCACUACUGAACGGCAGGAGCAGGAGCAAGAGCAAUGGCACCUCUGGGAUAACAGAUACUGGCUCCGCGUGGGCUGGUCCAGCAGCAGCAGCAGCUCCAUACCAUCAAAAUCAAUCCCCAACCCCAACUCCAAUCCCAACCCCGGAAUCAGUUCUCAAAACCCAGAACCCCCGAAAAUACACCUCCGCAUCCGCCCCCUCCAAAAAUCAGACCUCAACAUCCUCCGCCAGUUAAGCCCAACACAUACGGCACACCACCACGAUCCCAGCAAGCACGCAAACAAGACCGACGGGGAGCAUAUUCUUGCUCGGAUGGAAACGAAGACCGGAACCGACUGUCAUACUAAUACCGAUGGUGAUACAGAUAAUGUACAAGACGGAAACCAGCAGGGAAGAAUAGCAGACCCCCAAGCCCUCACCCGCCUCCUCGCGCAGGUCAGCCCCGGACGCACGCGAUUCACUAUUCCCGUGCUGGUGCAGGUGCUUGUUCGGCAGCAGCAGCAGCAGCCAACCAACACUACCAGAGAUGAUGUGGAGGGUGUGGAUGGGGAGGGUGUAGUGCAGUCCGACCUAGUCUCAAACUCACACUCACACUCACACUCACACGCGGACUCGGACUCUGACCCAGAGAAAGUAGGCGCCUGGGCGGUUGCGGUCUCAGAUACAACCACAACCACAACUACACACACACAUGCAACUAUAAGCACAAGCACAAGCACAACCCAACCUCCACCUCCGACUUCAUCCACCGCAACAAACACAACUCCAACUUCCCCACCAUCCCCAUCCCAAUCCCCAAACCAACUUUCCCGAUCCCAACAAGGGUGGAACACACCCAAGACACAGGCACCACCACUACCACCUCCACCACCACCACCACCACCAGCGGCAGAAGAGGAAGAAAUCCCCCUCGCCCUCCCGACGCUGGAUCUGUGGCUUCCUUCCUCGCCGGUGACCCAACAUCAGCGAAAAUGGCCGGAGGGGAAGAGCCUACGCUGGGAAUGGCGGUAUAAGAUGGUGGAUCGGGCGGGGACGCUUCGAUUAAUGGGGUGGGAAACGGAGGGGGAAGGGGAGGGGGAGGAGUAGUCACUUCACCUAUUACUGUACUUACUGUACCCACUGUACACACUGUAUAACCUAUGUAUAUCAUUCACAAGCUCCACAUAAUCCAAGCUAGG